AUUACAGGACCAGAGGCGUGCCCAGAGCAGACCGUGACCCUUGCGCAGCUUCUCGAAGGACGGCAAGUGUUUGCGUGUUGAUGUGCGGCAAACUGAGCAUGCAGCUAUAUCGCCGUAUGACCAUUAGAUGAAAGUUGCUGUUUCUACAGAGACAGCGCCAUCAGAGCAGUCGCUGGACCUGGACUAGCGAUCGCGGGCUGCAUGGGAUUUUGCAGCGGGAAAAAGCGGCAAACUUGACCUGGUCACGCGUUAGGAGAGUUCUGGGUCUGUUGGUUUGUUCUAAAGACUAUUUGCCGCCGUCCCUUGAUAUAUAGAGAGGACGGGACGGGGCACUUCUUGAAAGAGCAGGGCUUGUUCAGCAGGAUCCAGUAGUAACCAUGACUUCGAACGCGUAUCGAACGGAACAGGAUCGGAUUGACCAUCUCACGAUGGCAAUCACGAACCCGAACGUCGUGGGCUCGGGCUUCAUCGCGUUCCCUCCCCAGAAGCCGUUCGAGAAGCCGGUUGUGUUCCAGCCGCCGACGGUCGCGCACCUGGAGUUCCCCAGCGAGUACCAGGACUAUAUCAAGGCGACUGGUACCGCGCCACCUGCUGCUAACGGCGUUGUGAAGCCGCCUGUGCCGGCCCCUGGCCCUGCGGCCCCGGCCACACCCGGUGUGCGCCCGCCGGCACCGAUGGCCCCCCAGGGUGUGCGCCCGCCGGCCCACGCGCCGCCGCCGCACCAGCCGCCGCAUCGGCCUCCCCACCAGGGCGGCUAUCACCCGCCACCCGGCGCGCGCGCACCGGCGCCUCAGGGUGCUCCUCUGCGGCUGCCCCAGGGGCCCCCGCCCGGGCGGCACGUGCCGCCGCCGCAGCAGUACGGCGCGCGCCCGGCUGGCCCUCCCCACGGUGCUCCCCACGGACACGGCCCGGCGCACCACGGCGCCCCCCACCACGGGCCCGCGCACCCCGGCCCCCGCCCGGCCCAGAACGGCCCCGCGCACCACGCGCCGGCCCACCACGCUCCCGCGCACCACGCGCCGCGCCCGGGUGCUCCGCCGCACGCCGGCCCCCGGCCCGCCGGCCCGCCGCCGCACGCGGCCCCUCGCCCUGCGGCAGCCAUGCCGCCGCCGCGGCCAGCGGCGCACGCGCCCGCUCCCGCGGCCCACCACCCGCCGGCUCGCCCGGUGCCCGCGGCGCCCUCGGCCGCUCAGGUGCAGGCGGCGGCUGCCGCCAAGGCGCAGGCGGCUGCGCAGGCGCAGGCGGCGGCUGCGGCGCUGGCACAGAGGGCGGCGGCCAUGAACGUCAAGGAGUCUGAGAGCGAGGACGGCGACGACGAUGGCGCGAACGGCGGCAUGACCAAGUCGCAGAAGAAGCGCCUGCGCAAGAAGCUGCGCGACCAGGCGGCAGCGGCGGCUGCCGCCAAGUAAACGGCGUGUCGCCGAAUGCUCGUUUUGUGUGCCCUCGGCAGCGGCGUAAAUUUGCCGGGUGACAGAGGCGCCCAGGGCGGCGCACGGGCGGGAGCGGAGGCUUUGCGGAAUGGAGGCGCGCGGCUGGAAGCGGCGCUGUCGGAUAGCUGGGCGCGAGGAGCUGGUGGCGGUAAGGGCUGGUCGAGAGCCCAGGAGUAGCGGGUUAAGUCUGUCCGGCUACAGCGAGGGCGCGGUAGCGGAGGCUUGGAGCUGAGGUGUCGGUCGCCGCUGACGUCCGCUUUUAAACACAUGCGGUGUCAUGUGCGCGUGAGGUGGCCACUGGACCGCGCCAGGCGGAUGCCGGCGCGGCGUGGUAGGAUGGAGAGGGUGAUCGCGUGGACGCCGAAGUACUAGAGCGUGUCUCUGGUCGCGGCGUGCGCGGCGGUCCGUCCCUCCAGACAAGGCGGGAGCCAGGUCUGAUAUGGUGUACGGCGUGUGUGGCGUGUGAUCGUGUUCAAAAGUCGCCGGGCCGCGCGCCUAGAGGCCUUGUGCGCAGCGCGGCGGUUGUGCUGGUCCUGUGGUGCAGUCGGGCUUUUUUCUUUGCCCCGAGCCAAACAGGGACGUCCGCUUGCGAUGGGUGUGGUCGCAGGCUGGGGGAGGGGUGACGUGGCGGGGGCUGACGCUGCGCUUGGCGCCGAGGGCGGGCACGGGCGGGCGGCCAGCGGCCUGUGUUUGGCGGGAGGCUCGGCAUAUGAGGUGGACGUGACAGAGCCGCGGGCUCGGCCGGUGUGCGCUCUUUCGCCGCUGCCGUAGAAACGAGAGCAGUCGCGCAGCAGGGUGCGAAUGGCGUGGCACGGCAGCGUGCCAAGCGCCAGCACUGUUUCAUGCUGCCGACCGCGCGUGUGGAUCACGCACGUGGCUGCAAGGGGCGCGUGCGUCGGGUGUGGUACAUGCGCGCGACGGUUAGGCGCGUGUCCUGGGUUUGGUGGGGCGCCGUGAUGUGAUGCGACUUGGCUUGCAGGCGGAUUGCAUGAGUCAGAGCCCUUGCUAGGAGGUUUGAAGGUCGCUAACGAGCCCACAGUGAAUUGGGGGCGCUGUCGCGGAGCCUUGGCCGUGCUUGCGGCGCCAGUGGCAGUAUAAAUGCCCAACGCCGGCAUUACCUAUUACCAAUGAGCGGGGAAACAGGCAGUGACGGAGUCUGGUGUGGACGGGCGCCGAGUGCAAGACUUUAAAGCUUGGGCUCCA